ACGGAAUACAGACUUUCCUUUGAAGUUCAGCGAAAACUAACGGUGUUCCCCACGCACUUUCAGCAAUUACAGAUGAAGGCCACAGAGCUGCAGCUCUUCACAGACAGCUACUGCAAGGUGUGCAGCGCCCAGCUCAUCUCCCAGUCCCAGAGAGUGGCACACUACGAGAGUCGGAAACAUGCGAAUAAAGUUCGGCUCUACUACAUGCUGCAUCCCGCGGACGGAGGCUGCCCGGCGAAAAAGCUCCGCCAUGAAAACGGUGGUGUGGAGGGGGGCGUGGAUCGGGAUAAGUGCUGCACGCUGUGUAACAUGUCCUUCACCUCGGCCGUGGUGGCACAGUCGCACUACCAGGGCAAGAUCCACGCCAAGAGACUGAGGCUGCUGGGGGAGUCGGCGGGCAUCACCUGCACGGGGACAGGCCUGAAGCGUAGCCACACCUGUGAAGUGUGUCACAUGACGCUGAACUCUGUGGCGCAGUACCACGCCCAUCUGCAGGGCUCCAAACACCAGAACAAUCUGAAGAAUCAGCCAUGAGUCCUGCUGGUCCCUAC